UUUGAAUAUCCUCGCCCCGCGUCCACACUGACUGAGCAACUCCUCCUUUCUCUCUCUACAAAUAUUCUCCAUUCCUUCUUCUCUCUCCUCAACUUCUGUGCCUUGAGUACUCGAGUCUUACAAAACACCAUUCUCUCUGCACAAUCACCACAAGAACAAUCCACGACCCCUCUGUUCCAUUACGUCUAUUUUGCCAUCUUUUUCUUCUUCGUCUUAUUCUUCCUCCAGGCUCAUUUCUCUCUGUUUUAUUCUCUCUCCUCCCUCACAAAGACGCGGAUCUAUGCUGGAGAGGAUUUAGGGUUUUUGAAGGAUAUGAAGUUGUGAACCUAAGAUCUGAAUGAUCUCCUGUAAUCAUUUCAGUACCAGCUGGACUUGAACGGUUGUGAUCGAUCUAAUCUCCAGUACAGAUUCUGAUCUGGACCAGUGAGCUAAAGAAGAAACCGGACCGAUAAGCCAGCUUUUUGCUUCUUUUCACACAAGAAGGAAAAAAUUCCUGUUCAUCGGAAAGUUGCAGUGAGAAGAAGGAAGAUGGACUUACGAAUGAACAAUAAACAUAGAGAGAUGAGUCCAGAGAGAACAAAAAAAUGGACUGAACCCAAGGCUAAUAAGCAGGAAAGAAAAGUUGCAGUGGUUUAUUAUCUCUCUAGGAAUGGGCAGCUUGAUCAUCCUCAUUUCAUUGAAGUUUCUCUCUCCUCUUCUGAAGGCCUCUACCUUAGAGAUGUAAUCAAUCGUCUCAACACUCUUAGAGGCAAAGGGAUGGCUGCAAUGUACACUUGGUCUUCAAAAAGGAGCUACAAGAAUGGUUUUGUGUGGCACGAUCUCUCGGAGAACGACUUCAUCUACCCUGCUCAUGGCCAUGAAUACAUUCUCAAAGGCUCAGAGCUGCUCAAACCUUGCUCUAAUAACACAGAGCCUUUAGAAACCUCCUCCAAGGAAGGAUCUCAGUCAAGUUCACCUGAAAAACCUUCAAAUGAUGUCCUGAACUCUUCCCCGGCUUAUCCAUCCUUCCGAAAACCUCACCGGAGAAACCCAUCAUGGAGUUCUUUCGAUCUUAAUGAAUACAAAGUUUACAAAGCUGAAGCCAUGGCUGAAACCUCCUUUAAAGCAGCAGCUGAUGCUUCUACUCAAACAGAUGAAAAGAGAAGAAAGGGGAGAGAGAACCUAAACAGAGGGGUCUCAACUGAAGAAGACAAUAAUAAUGAAGUACCAUUUGCGAAUUUCUCUUCCGAGCUUUGCAGAGAAGAGAUCUCUCCUCCCCCAUCAUCUUCUAGCCCUUCUUCCGAUUUCAAAGAAAAUCCGACAGAGACCUUAGAAUCACUGAUAAGAAGUGAUUUCCGUACCGCCAGUCGAGAACCAGAAGUGCAAGUUGAUAUGGUGAGCAAUGUUAAGGUUGGUAAGGCAUCAAGUGUUCUGAUGCAGUUGAUAUCUUGUGGUUCCAUAUCGGUUAAGGACUAUGGUGUGAAUCUGUUAACUCAUGGCAAACCUAAGUUGGCUCCGAGGGAUUCGAACCAAGUUCGGGAGCUGGAGUACGUCGCAGAGAGUGGGCGUUUUAAUGGGGUUUCUCUGGAAGACAAGGAGUAUUUCAGUGGGAGCGUCUUUGAGAGCAACAAGGAGAGAGGGAGUGAUGAAAUGUUGCAGAGUCUCAAGAGGUCUUCUUCUUACAAUGCUGAUAGGUGCUCAAAGAGUGAGAUUGGAGAAAGAGAAAUAGAGGGUGGGCGAGCAAAGUGCAUACCUCGAAAGCUCAAGUCCGGAAAGAGAGAGCACAACGACGCUAUGCACAAAGUUUGAACACCUACUUCUCUGUAUUUUACAUGAAUAAGACCAAAAAAAAUAUAGAUAGAUAUAUGUAUGUUCUUUUGACCUUUUGUCCUUGGAAAGUAGGCUUCAGCUGUGUAGGUUCCCAAUGUUCUAACCCCAUUAUCUGAUCUAAUAUUUUUGUAUUAAACUCCGAAGUUUGCAUAAAUGGGGUAAUGUGUUUAUUGGGGCCUAUGCGCCUUGACAGGCACGGCAAAGUGAUGAGACUAUCCGAGCACUUACUCUCAUGGAUGCUCUAACUCUUACUGGUAUCUCCUCCAUAUUAGUCUCAGCCUUAUAAAAUAUGCUCUUUCUCUCUCAUGAGGCAUAUAGAAAGCCUCGCCA